CUUCCCCUCCUCAGCCUUCUUUUUCCCUUCUUUCCUCCCCGAGGCGGACAGCUGGAGCCGCUGCUGCGCGUGGGGGAAGUAGUCUAGCACCCGGUACUUCCUCCUGCCCUGCAGUCAACUUCCCGAGCAGAAUUAAUAAGAAAAUCCUGAUGAGUCUGUUCCAUUUUGCAACUAGACACCUGAUUCUUCAAGUGCUUCGUGAAUUGGGAUUGAAGGAUCCUCCUGCCCAUAAAACCUUAAAGAUUUGUGUAGCAAUGUCUCGUCCAACUUCAAACAUGGCAGAUUUUCGGAAAUUUUUUGCCAAGGCAAAGCAUAUAGCCAUUAUUACAGGGGCUGGCGUCAGUGCUGAAAGUGGUGUGCCAACAUUCAGAGGACCUGGUGGUUUCUGGAGAAAAUGGAAAGCUGAGGACCUAGCCACCCCUGAGGCUUUUAUGCGGAAUCCUUCUCUCGUGUGGGAGUUUUACCACUAUCGUAGAGAAUUGAUGCUGAAGAAGCAUCCCAACCCAGCCCAUGUGGCCAUUGCAGAAUGUGAAGCCCGGCUAACUGGUCAAGGAAGGCGUGUGGUGGUUAUCACUCAGAACAUUGAUGAGCUUCAUUACCGAGCAGGCUCCAAGAACCUCCUGGAGCUUCAUGGCAGUUUAUUUAAAACUCGAUGCCUCAGUUGUGGAAAUGUAGCAGAGAAUUACAAGAGUCCAAUCUGUCCAGCUUUAGAUGGAAAAGGUGCCCCAGAACCUGAUGUUCCAGAUGCCCAAAUCCCAGUUGAAAAGCUUCCUAGGUGUGAAGAAAAAGAGUGCAUUGGCCCCCUUCGACCCCAUGUGGUAUGGUUUGGAGAAAAUCUGGACCCUAACAUUCUUGACAAGGUCAACAGAGAGCUUGCUCUCUGUGACUUAUGUUUAGUGGUGGGAACUUCCUCUCUGGUUUAUCCUGCAGCUAUAUUCGCCCCACAUGUAUCAGCUAGGGGAGUACCAGUGGCCGAAUUUAACACUACAACUACCCCUGUUACACAAAACUUCAGGUUUCACUUCUCAGGGCCCUGUGGCAGCACUAUCCCUGAAGCUCUUGCCUGUCAUGAAUCUGAAAAAGAUUAAUUGUAAGCAUGAGGAAAAAAAUUUGAUUCAUAAGUACUUAACUACAAAUACUUAAACCCAAAAGGAGUUGGGAGAAAGUGUAUGGGGGGGAAAAUUUAUAAACAGAGAAAGGCCCCCCAGUCCUCAGAACUGGAAAUGUAACCAAUCAAUAGAUAUUCUUAUGGUCAGUCACAAUGAUGAUAUUAAAAACUGUCAAGAAAAUAACCCAUUA